AUGUUUAUAUGGUCGAUGGUCUUUAAUAUUAGCUUACUAAUAUAUAUACAUACACUGAAAUGUGUUAUAUUAAGAAGGCAAAAUAUAAAUAAAAGAGUACCUUCAUAUAAUAUAUUAUUUCCAAGUAAUGAUUUGAAAAAAAAGAAAUAUAACUUUUUGCCAGUAGGUUUUAUAAGAAAUGUUUUUUUAUAUGAUAAAAAGAAAAGAGGUAAUAAAUCAUUUGAGCUGUUCAGAGGUUUUGGGGCCACCUGUUCAUACGAAUGGUUUGAAUGUGAUGAAAAUGUGGAAGUUAAAAUUAGAAUAUCACCAGAUAUUAAUUCUGACGAUAUUCAAUAUAAUAUUAAGAGUAAUUAUAUUUAUUUCAAGAUAAGAAAUAAACCAAAAAGCUUGAUAGAAGGGAAAUUAAAAGGAAGUGUUGAUGUUCAUUUCUCCACAUGGUUUAUAGAAAAACAAAGAGAUUGUAAUAUUUUAAAUAUUGUUUUAAAAAAAAAAAGUAGAGGAAUUAAUGAAUGGGUAGGAGUAGUUGAAAAGGAAAGUAUCAUACAUGUAUCAUAUGAUAAUUUAUCAUCAUCAUCAACAAGUUCAAAUAUAUCAUAUAUGCCCUCACCCACAAAUAAUAACAAUAAUAAUCAUGAGAGUAGUAAUAAUAAUAAUAAUAAUAAUAAUGAUAGUAUGAAUAAUACCAUUGGUUGUAAUAACAUUGCAUCAAACGAAUUAUUAUAUAGCCAACAUUUUGAGAACGCAAAAUUUAAUGAUAUUUUUGAUUUUCUUAUUAAUUGGGCUAGUAAAAAAUCAAGCAACCAAAAAGAAUUUGGUAUCCCAAUUCUUAAAUUAAAAACAAGUGUCAUAAAAAAUGAAGAUUUUAUAGAAAUUAUUUUAACAGGUUAUGAUAGCUUAAAAUGGGAAGCAGAAGAUAGUUUAAUUUUUAAAUUAGGAAUUAUUAAUAAUGGUGUGAGUUUAAAUAUAUAUAGAGGAAAUGUUGCUAGUGGUCUUAAAGGUACUUAUGGAAGUAUGAUUAGCUAUCUUGUUCAAGAAAGUGAAGAAAGAAUUAUUAGAAAAUUACAACAUGAUAUAAAAGGUCUCUAUUAUCUUAAUCCAUUGUCAAAAAAUAUACAGAAAUGUAUGCAUACACAAUCACCACAAAGUAAUUAUAGUUAUAGAACUGAUGAAAAAGAUAUAAAACAUAUAUCUAUAAAUGAAGAUGAUAAUCAAAAAAUAAGGAAUGAUAAUAUGGAUAGUAAAUUUGCGACAGAUCAUAAUAAUAAAAUAAACCAUCACCACAAUCAUAAUCAUCAUCAUCAUCAUAAUAGUAAUAAUAAUAAUAAUCUUGUGGAAGAAAUAAAAAAAGAUAGUGAGCAAGAAGAUUUAAUUGUUAAAGAACUACAACUAAACUCAACCGUCAAAUUAAGCUGUGAAGAUAAAAGUAAAGAACCAAGUUUUAUGAAGGAUUGGUCGGAAGAAAAAAAAAUUGAAUUCAGAAGAAAUUCAGUUUUGGAAUUGAAAAAGAAUCUAGAAUUAACUCAAGAAAAUAAAAUUUCAUUAAAAUUAGAAGAUUAUAUUUCUCAUAUGAAAAGCUCAUUUGAUCUAACAGAUGAAGAAUCCAAAUUGGUUUGGCAGAAGGGUAUAAAAAAAUCUGAUGAACAAAAGAAUAGAGAAAAAUUUUAUAGAUUUACUGAAAUAGAGAAUUUAACUGAGAAAAUUGGAUUGUUUAAUAUAGAUGAGGAGAAUAUUGAUAACUUUUCAAACAUGCAUUAUGAGAGAAUACAGAAGGGUGUAAAACAAAAUGGUGGCUCAAAUGGAUAUGUAGAAAAUGAUACAACUGAUACACGUCAUAUAAAUGAUACACGUCAUAAAAAUGAUACAUGUCAUAAAAAUGAUACACGUCAUAAAAAUGAUACACGUCAUAAAAAUGAUACACGUCAUAAAAAUAACAAUAAUGAUAAUAAUGACCCAAAUGACAAUUAUGAUGAUAAAAAUAGCUUCUACGAUGUUACACCUAAUAUUACCAAUAGUAAUAAUAUCAACCAACAAUUUUAUAAUUGCCUAGAAGAAGAAUUAUUAGAUACAGAAAAUAAAAAAGAAAAGACAUUACACGAAAUAUAUAUAGAAAGUAAUGAUAAGGAAAAAAAAGAAAUGAGAGAAAAAUGGAGAGUGAAUGAAAUGAGAUUAAAUACAUUAAUUGAUGAAAUAAAAUAUUUAGAUGAUAAUAUAAUACCAACUGUUUGUAAUAAUUAUCGAGAUGUUUUAUUAAGUGAUGAAUAUCCAUGUUUAAUGAAAAUACGAUUAAAUGAAAAUCCACCAAGAAAUGAAGAAGAAAAAAGAAUAUUACAGAUUGUUAAUUCUUUUGUUAUGAGUCUUUAUGAUGAUAUAAAGAUAUUAAUGGAACAUGAAGAAAAAGAACAUUUAAAAAAAAUCCAACUAAUAUGUGAAAAAGUUAUACAGGAUGAAAAAGGACUUAAUGAAUUUAUUGAAUCUAUGAAACCAUUAUUAGAUUAUUCUUUUCUAGGAUAUAUAAAACAUGCCAUAAAAAUGGAAAAAAAAAAUAUUCAAGCUCAAAAAAAAGAUUUCAGACAACAACCAUCAGAUUGGUUAAUUAUAUUAAUGAUAAUACAAAAAGGUAUUUAUACUAUUCUAGAAAAAGAUAUAUGGCAAGAUGUAAUAAAUAUCUCUGCAAUCAUAUGUCAUGAUAAUCCAGCUGUAAGAAAAACAAUUCUAAAUACUAUGGUAGCUUCUAUGGCAAAAGCUGAUUGGAUCUUCUUUAAAGAUAUUAUUAAAACUUUAUAUAAAAGUGUUGAAGAAAAAAAACUCACAGCUAACCACUUCCCAGAUUUCCCACAUAUUCCUGAAGCCAUAUUUCAAUUAAAUUAUGAUAUUGAACAAAUUCUACCUGACUGGUUCAUAAAAGAAAUGUUAGAUGAAUAUGAUAAAUCGAUAGUUGAACAAAUGAAGUCAAAAAAACCACUCUUCUGGAAAAUGAAAGAAAUAAAAUGGGACCCAAAAUUUGUAAACAACUUUAAAAUGUUGCAGGUACAAAAAUAUAAGGAAUAUGAAAGUUAUAAAAAAAAAUAA